AUGAAGGAUGAAGGCCAAACCCCCAUUCACGAUCAAUACAAAGUCAGCUGGGGUGAUAACGACCCAGCCAACCCAAAUAAUUUUGCGCCUAUCUACAAAGUGUGGAUAACAUCGCAAAUGGCCAUGCUAGCUUUUGUUGGAUCUUUCGGUGCCUCGGUCAUCUCUCCCGCGGAAGCCGUAUUGGCAACUGAGUUCAAUAUCAGCAGAGAAGUGACCGUCCUUCUACUGUCGCUUUUUGUUCUUGGCUAUGCCUUCGGCCCCAUGGUCUGGGGUCCCUUUGGAGAAGUGUAUGGUCGGAAACUGUCAAUGUUGCCAGCCGUAUUCGUCUUAGGACUCUUCAGCAUCGGGACAGCUACCAGCAAGUCUGCUGCGGCCAUCUUUGUCACGCGUUUUUUCGGUGGCUUCUUUGCUUCAGCCCCCAUCAGCAACGUUUCUGCCGCUAUAGGAGACUUUUAUGGGCCCAAAGAACGAGGUGUUCCAAUGGCUUUGAUGGCAGCCUGUGUUGUAGGCGGCCCAUGUCUUGCACCAGUCGUGGGGGCCGCCAUAGUCGUGAACCCACAUAUGGGAUGGCGCUGGACCGAGUACAUUCAGGGUAUCAUCACAUUCUUCGUCACCGCUGUCACCGCCGUGUGUUUACCUGAAACAUACCAUCCGGUGCUCCUAAAGCGUAAAGCACAGCAGCUACGGCAAGAAACUGGCAAUAGCCAAUACUGGCACCCGCAUGAAUCAGAAAAAAUAAAUCCCCGAAACGUGUUGACAAAGUACAUCAGCCGACCACUCCGGAUGCUUUUUACCGAGCCUAUCGUCACAUGUAUUGCACUCUAUGCCUCAUACGUCUACGGUCUGCUGUUUUUCCAAAUGGAAUCGUUCCCCUUCGUGUUCUACCAAGAACGUGGCUAUUCGCUCGUCAUCUCCACCCUUCCUUUUUUAGGCCUUCUCGUUGGUGUCCUAUGUGCUUUGACGAUUAAUUUCGCUAACCAAACGUUCUAUGCAAAGGCAGUCGCUAAGAACAGGGGCUGCGCAGUUCCGGAGGCCCGCUUACCACCAAUGCUAAUAGGGGGGAUCUUUUUCUCUGCUGGCAUGUUUUGGUUUGGAUGGACAGCCGCACCGAGAUACUCCUGGGUUCUUCCAACCGUUGCAGCAGGCUUCAUUGGUGCGGGCUUCAAUAUCACUUUCCAGCAGUGUCUGAACUUUCUCGUUGACACAUACGGCCCCUUUGCCGCAAGCGCCAUGGCUGGUAACACCUUCCUGCGGUCUUUACUUGCCUGUGGCCUACCUAUGGCCGCUCGUCCUUUGUUCACAAAGCUGGGUGUUGGUCUGGGUUCCAGUUUGCUUGGAGGCCUUUCGUGCUUGGCAUUACCAGUUCCUCUAAUUUUCAUGAAGUACGGCAUCAAAUUGAGAAAGAUGUCGAAAUUUGCUCAAGUCGCAAACGAAUAG